CACCUGCCUGACUCCCCGCGCAUUGACUUCUCCCGACGACGACAACGAAGACCCAACGUCGGAAACGGAGGCAAGGGAGCUUCCGAUCCUCGACGCGAACAGGUGCACGGACGCUGCGAAUGAGUUGGCGGCAACGAGAAGAACGUCGAGGGGCUACAUCAUCAUCGUCAUCCUUGUACACCUCCUCCAUCAACGCCGCAGAGCAUACAUCUUGCCGUAGGACUUCGACUCGUGGCAGCCAAAGGCCACUGCGUUGUCGUGGGCACAUUGACACUUCGUCACCUCAUCUUCUUCCAGACAGUCGUGCACUAUGGCCUCUACUAGGCGCACUUCGUCCCCGUUGCCUAAGAGUCUACUAGGCUCCUUGACCGUCCUCUGCUCCGUCGCUAUCUUCCUGAGCUCGUCCGCCAUUGCUCAAGCAGGCAGCGAAGCUCAGCUGAAAGGAGUGGCUCCCCAAGACCUACCCUUGUAUCGGCCUCUUCAAAGCAACCCUUCGCAAUGGCAAUGUCUUGAUGGUUCAAUAUCCAUACCCUUUGCAGCAAUCAACGAUGAUUACUGCGACUGCCCCGAUGGGUCAGACGAACCCGGCACCUCUGCCUGCAGUGGAAGCGUGGUAGGAGCAGCAGGGGGACAGAGGAACGCUACCUUCUACUGCGCCAACGAGGGUCAUAUCCCUGCCCGCAUUCUUUCCGGGAGAGUCAAUGACGGAAUCUGCGACCCUGAGUGUUGUGAUGGCUCAGACGAGUACGACGGCAAGGUUCAGUGCCCGAACAAGUGCGCUCAGGUUGGUAAGGCGUACCGCAAGCAAAAGCAGCAGCAGGAAAACAUCAAGCGCGCCGGCUCAAAGAUCAGGGCCGGCUACAUCUACGAGGCAAAGAAGCAAAUCGAGACACUUCAGGCUGAGAUCACUGCACUUGAAGUCGAGGUCGAGGUGGCCAAGGAGAAUGAGGCUCGCAAGCAGGAAGAGCUUUCGAGAGCUGAAUCUGUGGGCGAGGCCAUCAUCGAAGAGAAGAAGAAGAGUCCUCUCUAUGCUACUCUCAAAUCGCACCAGAAUGGCAUCUCCGCACUCCUUGAUCGAGAGAAUGAGCUCAGAAAAGAGCUGAGGAAAUUGACGGACCUACUCGACGACCUCUCCUCUGGCUACAAUCCCAACUAUCAGGACAUGGCCGUCAAGGGAGCAGUCAUGGCCUAUCGCUCCUGGCGCAGAGGUGGAGAACUUGACGCAGAGGACGAUGAUGAGGUAGAUGAGCCUGAAUCUGUCGCAGACAGUGAGAAUGAAGGAGAUGAGGCCGAAAAUGACGAGGCAGUGAGCUCGCCAGGAACAAUGGAGGAGAACAUCAAGCUGCAGAAGCUAAUGGAGGAAGGUGACUGGCCGAGGAGCAAAUUGAGGGACAUGGCUGCCAAGGAGACGCUUGAGCUCAUGGAAGAUGACUUGACCAAGGGUGCAGUCGCUGAUCAAGAAGGCCUCCUCUUCCGCCUGCACGAGUACCUUCCUGAGCCGCUAGUGCCCUACAUCGACUCCUUCGUCGACAGCUUCUUGGACAUUCUCCUCAAGACCAACAUCAUCUCCGGCGUUAAGCGCAGCAAGUCGUCGUCCUCAGCCGGCGGUACCGAGUCCGCCACAGUCACUGCCGCUCGACAAGCCAAGAACGAAGCCUCUCAAAGCCUACGCAAGCUCAACAACUCUCUCGACCAGAAGCGCAAGCAAGUGGAAGCAGACCCUGCCAAGUAUGGUAACGAGCUGGAGUGGAAAGCCCUCGAGGGCAAGUGCAUCGAGAAGAACAUGGGCGAGUAUACGUACGAGUAUUGCUUCUUUGGCCACACUACCCAGAAGCCCAACAAGGGUGGGUCUAAUGUCCGAUUGGGCAACUUUGAUCGAUUCCAACCCUUGGAUGAGAGUAUCACCCAUGAUGGAGAUAGAAAGGAGGAGUUUUUCAAGAGGCAAAUCUACCAGAGGGGACAGAGGUGCUGGAAUGGACCUGAGAGGAGCACAAUCGUCGAUGUACAGUGCGCCAUGGAGAAUGCUGUACUGGACGUCUUUGAGGCUGAAAAGUGCAUCUACUCGAUGAAGAUCAGUACACCUGCCGUCUGCUACCCCUCCGGCAACGAGACUCCUCUGCGGUCCGAUGGCCCACCUGUACCAAAGAAGGACGAGUUGUAGGCAAUGGCGAAUACGGACAGUCAAUACAAUGGAAGAAGAUGACGACUAUAGCGUGAUAGGCGAGGGCUUGAUGAUAUUG